UGUACCUUUAGCACUUCAAUUGAAGUGUGAUAAAUCACCACAUUUGAACUGGAAGGUUUGAGGAAAUGGUGGUGCUGGUGACAGAAAAUUGUGACAUACUGUGGUGAAGUACAUAGUCUUAUCAUGAUGGAAAUUCCUGGGAAAGAUGUGGAUUGAGUGUACCAUUGGCAAUGAAGAGUUCAUGAACAGGAUUGAAUUCAUUGAUAUAGUUUAAAAGACAUUGUUCUGAGAUUGCCCAAGGAUGUGAGAGCUGCAGAAAGUCACCCUGUUUUUUGAGCUACGCAAAUGAUUUGAUCACAGAAACAAUAUUGUAACAUGGAAUUUAUAAGGAUGUCUGGCCAGAAGUACACACGCACAAACUUUGAGGAGGAUGAGAUGUCGGGUGCCGGUACCCCUCCUCCUGCAGAGUUCAACUCUACGGUCGUCUACAAACAGGGAGCCACCAUGUUCAGGGGUCGACGUACGCUGCUCGAGUUUAUUUUAUUGUGUGUGGUUGUAGUAGCAACUCUUGUGGUCAUCAUUUUGGCGGCGUUGCUUGCAUCACGUAACAACGAGAUCACACACCUGACAAGUGAAAUAGCUAGCCAAUCAGAUAGCAACAAACAUACUGUCUUACCGGUCAAACCCAUUGUAACGCAGAAACCAAAAACACCUUCUAAGACCCAGACAGAGUACUGCUUGACGCCAGCCUGCAUCACGGCGUCGAGUAUGUUGAUCGACAGUUUGGACACAAGUGUUGACCCAUGCCAGGAUUUCUACCAGUACACAUGUGGCAAGUGGAUUAACAACCAUAUCAUCCCGUCUGGCCAUGCACGAUGGAGCAUAUUCAGCGAGUUGCGGCAAUCAAACCAGGAGGUCAUGAAGAGGGUCAUAGAACAGCCUAUCAAUUCUUCGCAGAGUGACGCGGAAAUCAAGGCGAAGCUUUACUACCAAUCCUGCAUGGACAAGAAUAAGACCAUUGACAAACUCAGGAGUGAACCACUGGAGGAUCUCAUCACACAGCUUGGAGGCUGGCCGAUAUCAAACCGUACAGGGGUCUGGAGUGAAGACGACUGGGUGUUCCAGAGUGCCCUCGAGAGUAUGAAAGUGUACGGGACUUUCUUCUCAUACUUUGUGGGAGAAGAUGACAAAAACUCGUCUCAGAAUAUACUGCAGGUUGACCAGGGUGGACUAGGGCUACCAGACAGGGACUUUUACCUCAACAAAACUGUCGGUGAAGACAAGGUGUUGACAGCGUACCUUGACUACAUGACCCUGGUGGGAGUGUUGUUGGGAGGGGAGAAAAAUCAGACGAGAGACUAUAUGGAGGAAGUCAUUGAGUUUGAGAUCAGACUUGCUAAUAUAACAGUACCAAAUGAAGAAAGACGCAAUGAAGAAGAGAUGUACCACAAGAUGUCCCUGGCUGAGGUGCAGACACUCUCCCCGUUUAUUGACUGGACACAGCUGAUUAACAAGCUACUGGCCGUUGGCAAUGUGACUGUUACUUCAUCAGAACAAAUCAAAGUGUUCAUGCCUGAUUAUCUGCAUGAUUUAUCUGUCCUUGUUUUGGAUACUCUUCAGCAAGAAAAUGGGAAAAGAGUGCUACAUAACUACAUGAUGUGGCACGUGGUCAAGUCUUUGACCCUGUACCUGACCGAGGAUUACACGGACGCUAGGAACAUCCUUACAGAGGCUAUCACAGGAACAACUGGUGGUGAGGAGUUAUGGCGACACUGUAUAUCCGAUACAGACGAGGUGCUUGGUUUUGCCCUAGGGUCCAUGUUUGUGCGGGAAGUCUUCAAGGGGGAGAGUAAACACAAGGCUGAAGACAUGAUAGAAGAAGUGAAGAUGGCGUUCAAGAACAACCUGCCCAGUCUUGAAUGGAUGGAUGAUGAAACUAGGGCUGCGGCCAUAGAUAAGGCGAAUGCAGUGAUAGACUUGAUUGGAUUCCCAGAGUACAUCCUGAACAAAACCCGGCUCAAUAAAGAGUAUAAAGAGUUGGAGAUAAAUGCUUCGGAAUAUUUUCAAAACAACAUCAGGAACUUUAAGUUUGAGCUGAGAAGAAACGCAGCUUUACUGAGGGAAGCACCAGAACCAUAUGUUUGGGAUAUGACGCCUCCAACUGUAAAUGCGUAUUACACACCCACCAAGAAUGAGAUUGUGUUUCCAGCUGGGAUAUUACAGGCACCGUUUUAUAACCAGGACUGGCCAAAGUCACUAAAUUUUGGUGCAAUGGGCGUGGUUAUGGGUCAUGAGCUUACUCAUGGCUUUGACGAUCAAGGUCGUGAAUAUGACAAGUAUGGUAAUUUACGUCCCUGGUGGAACGUGGCAUCGGUGGAGAGAUUUGAAGAACGUACAAAGUGUAUGAUUGACCAGUAUUCUGCCUAUAAGCUGAAUGAUGAAAAUAUACGAGGCAAGCAGACAUUAGGAGAAAAUAUUGCAGACAAUGGGGGAUUGAAGGCAGCAUAUCAUGCAUACGAGGACUGGUUGUCCAAACAUGAGGAGGAGCUCCCUCUACCAGCGGUAAAUCUCACACACAGACAGCUGUUCUUCCUCAGUUUUGCACAUGUGUGGUGCUCAAAAAGUACAAAAGAAGCUGACCAUCUAGGAAUUCUCAGUGAUCCUCACAGCCCAGGAGAGUUUAGGGUAAUCGGGACAUUAUCAAACUCUUAUGAGUUUGCCAAGGCAUAUAAGUGUCCGAAAAACUCUCCAAUGAACCCUGACAAGAAAUGUGUUGUGUGGUAGUGAAAUCAAGAUGGCUGAAAUUCUCGACUUUGAAAUAUUUGACUUUGAACUAGACUGAAGUUAAAUAUUUGACCUUGAACUAAACUUAAGAAAGGUCACGGGUAGAAGUGAAUGUCAUGAAAAUGGCAUACAGGUAUGAACUUGACCUUGAAAGAUUGAAUAUACAUGUAAAAAAUGGCAUUUUUAUGACACGUUUUAAGUAGGGAUGUUUCAUGUUGGUGCUGACGUCAACAAAAUAUUUUGAAAAAGGAAAUGAUGAGGGAAAGUUUGUGUGUUUAUACUGUGAUUAGAGAGAUUGUUCUCAGUCAUGUAUAACAAUGUUCCUUGUCUAAUGUGAAAUAUUUUAUAUGUAUGUCUCAUGUUAUCAUAUCGGUGUGCACCAUGAAUUAUUGAUAUAUCAUAUUGUAUUGUAUUUGGCCCUUAUAUACAUUACUUAUUGUUAUAGAAACUAAACAUGCAAGUCAGUCUAUAUUUGUACUUGUAUCAUACUUCGGUGUAACUUUCAUGCCAAAACGACUGUUACAAUCUAAAUGAACUAAAUUCAUGUACCGGUAUUUUAUUGUUCAGUAUUGUAGCUUUAGGUUUAAAGUAGUAAUUUUUAGCAUAACCUGUUUAACACAAUAUAAAAGAGACAUAACUGUGUAUUGUUGUCAGUCAAAGAUCAGAGUUCCGACGCACGAGGGCAUAACCCAGUAUUCUUUACUUUCAAACAUCAAAAUGAGAAACCAUGACCUAUUAAACAACAAACAUGCUUAUUCAUCUAUCAUUCUAAAUCUAAUGGAAAAACAAUAAUCUUUCAUGUUAGACUUUGUAAUGAGAACCUUAUUGUAUAAAUGAUUCACAAUUUAGUCCAUUUGUAUGAAUUGAUUACCAAGUGCCCGCAUUUUUCACAUUUGAUGCACAAGCACAAGAUUAUCGAAGUAUGUGUUUAAAACAUAAAAUAGUACAUUCACAGAGAUGUACACUUAUAUGAACUGAUCUGGAAUUGCAUUUACUUACAUACAUGUACACCAAUCAAAACUAAGAUUAUGGACCAUUGUUUAGAAUUUCUAAGGCAUAAUCUUGAAAAUAAAUGAUGUUGUGAUGGCUGAAUAACAUAACCAUAUUUUUGUUACCAUUGUAAUGUUUGUAGUAAAUCAUAUUACUUUUGAAGUGUUUACCGUAUUAAAUCAAAUCUGUUUUAAAGUGUUUACCGUAGUAAAUCAAAUCUGUUUUAAAGUGUUUACCGUAGUAAAUCAAAUCCUUUUUAAAGUGUUUACCAUACUAAGUGUUUAAAUAAAAAUUGUCUCUGUUUUCAUUGUGCUUAUUUGAUACUAUUAUAGUUUAGUUUAGUUAAUAUAUACAUUGAAUUGAUUGAGUUACUUUCAAAAAGAAAACGAGAAUGUCUCACAUGUGUUUUAUAAUUGUUUUUAACAUGUCACAAAUUUGUUUUAAUGUUAUUGAAGGAUUGAUUCCGAUUGUUUGUUUUUUCAUGCAGUAUGAAUGCCCGAGUCUGAUCCUGCAAAUCCAUGAAGCAUGCCAGCGCUUCUAGGGAAAUUUGCACGAUUUUGUCCAAGCGGUCAUUCUGCAUGAAUGCUCAACUAUAAGUUUCAAUUGCACAGUUUUUUAAUUGUUUUGUAUUUUAUGUUAAAUUAAGGAUAAAUAACUGCAUAUGCGUGCAUAUUCGUUCAUCCAAAGAAACGCAAUGGAAGUGUAAAUAUGAUAACUUGUUCUGUAGGAUAACUAGAUGUGAGCUUGAAGCAUGUCCUUUAUUGCAACAGUCUAAAUUUAGAGGUCCAAUCUAUUUGCUUUUUGUGUGAUUAGCAAUCAUCUUGUUUAUUUAUUUCAUGUUUAUUUAUGUUCCAUUUGGAAGUUCCAUACUGCCAAUAUAAUAUACCUGUCCUUUUUUAAAGGUAAAAUAUACAAUCAGAUGUUACAGGAACAGUUGUAUUGAAAGACAGCAAUUUCAUGAAUAAUGCUUAUACAAAUUACUUUAAUUUUAAGAUAUACCGGGUUGUAACAUAUGUCUACGGGUUCACCUGAUGUCUCAGCAUUCUGUAUUUACAUUUACAUAACUCAUUGAAGUAUGUAAGUUUAAACAUUUAUGCUCCCAACUCUGACAAGUGUAUGUAUUCUUACUCUCUAUUGUCAAAUCGUAUGUUCUUUCAAGAACAGAUGAUAGGAUGGCUUCACAUGUUUGUAACCCAGAUAUUCCGGCCAAUUGAAUGGCUCAUCUGGCAAACUGGAUAACUCUUUGACCUGGCCCUGAUUUCUCGAACAAUCUUAUGUCGUUAUAACAGGAUCAAGCCAAGCACAUUCUCUUUGUAUAAGAAUAAUUUGUUCAAUAUUCGCAAAACAAAUAUUUCUGAGAUUUUAAUUCAAAUUGUCAUUAUUAUAAACAUUUUACAUAAGUUUUUAUUAUUUAAAAAUCAAGUUUAAAGCUGAACUCUCACAGAUUAAACGUUUUGACAAUGUUUUAUUUUUUGUCUUGGAAAGAGCCAAUUUUUGCGAAAAUCCAUAGAAACCAGUUAUAUAAGAGUACUGACAAUAAUCAGAUAGAAUUUUAUAUUUAAGUACUAAAAAUAAUGAUUUAUGCGUUUUUCGAACGGAAAUAUGAAAGUCUACGAUCUGAUUUUUAGUCAGCAAUCUUAUAUCACUGGUUUGCAGAUAUUUACGCAAAAAUUUGCUCUUUCCAAGACAAAAAAUAAAAAAGUUGUUAAGAUGGUCAAUCUGUGAGAGUGCAGCUUUCAGUAAAUAAUUUGGCUAAAUAAAUUAAGACGCUUAUGAUUUUACACUGAAGAGUUUUCAAGAAAUAGGGAUCUGAUCUUAUAGAUCAGUUCUUAAUCAGUUUCACAGUGGUGCUUUAUUCUUUUGGCCAAAAUUCUCACGAUGUAACAUCUUUUAUGACAGACUUUAGUGUUUUAAGACCUCUUAAUGUACUAGACAAAUGCCCAUGAAAUUAAAACAGGGAUUCUAAAGAACAAUAUAUUAUAUUCAAUCCAAACCUACAUAUUCAUAAUAUUUUCUUUGAGUUAUCACAUUUUGAUCUUAAAAUUUCUACAAACAUAUUGAAUAUUUGUAUUUUAGAAUACAGAUUUAGUACUAGUAAUUAUUUUUUAUUUGUUAACCAUGUGUUUUCCCUUGGAAAACCUUGGUUAUUAGAUUGGGGUAUAUCAAUGAACAGGCGACUGUCGGCGUCUUAGGUCAAGGUCACACUUAAUAGUUAUUUGUAAAAAUCCUUGAAAUUUUAGUGUGUUAAGGCUAAAACUUGGUCAUACAUUGGGAAAUACCUUGGCACAAAUGUUCACUGUGAGAAGCUGGAGUAUGUGUGAAUACCCAUAUUUAGAAUUUUAAAGGUCAAGGUAAAAUUAACUGUCAUUGGUCAAAACUUUUUGUAUUUUGGCUUGCUGGGCUUUAACUUAUCCAUUCCUAAGGGUACUUAGCUCAAAAUUUCACUGAUGGCUGCCAUGUCAUCUAAACAACAUAACAAAAAGAUUGAUAUACAUAAAAAAUCACUUUUAUAUUGUUUCAAAAACCUUCAAAACUGAUUCAUCAUUAUCAAAGGUCUAGUGUUAAAAUAGGGAAGUAAAUGGAGUUAUCUGUGUCCAUAAGUAUGCCUAUCCAUCACUCGUUCAAUUUGCCGAAACUUUCUGAUGGCAUAAAUCGAAAACCUGGUUUUCGUCGCAUUAUGAUGCGUCUUGUAUCACUAACAGAUUGUAUGUAAGUGAUCAACAUUAUUUUAUUUUAAGAUUCCCUUAUUUACGUAAUUACACGCUUAUAUGAAAUUAUAGUGAUUGUUAAUAUAUUGUGAAUUUUUAAGAUGAAUAUUGUUGAUAGUUGUUGAUAUUGAUGCAUAAAAAGGUUGUUAUAAGUUUGAUCCUA